UUGCAGUAUAUUUUCCAUCGGUGUGCGAGCAGCGCUCAGUCCCGCAGCAGCAUCCACUGCGACUGCAGCACGAGGAGCUGACGCGCCGCCGGGCUCAUGUUUCGCAUAAGUUUCAAUCUGCGCUGCUUUGCUGACCUUUUAUUCCUCUUUAAAUAGCGAACGCUCUAGGACCCCUUACAUUGAUGACUGUUCCUCAAUACGGAUCUGGCAGAUAUUUUAACUCAGUUCUAUUGAUAUUUCUCUGGAAACCUAUGAAGGAUUAUCCUCAUCGAAAGCCAUAUCAGUUUAAUGUGGAAAAAAAAAUGUUCAGUACGACAACAGGGAUCUUAAUGCAGAUGUUGUGGGAAGUUUAAUGCAGAUGUGUGAUGGAAGGAUAUCAUCAGCUGUAAGUGGUCAAACCUGAAUAAGUAACCAUGGCUUACACCGGAGUGCAGAAGGCUUUGAAGAGUGAUAAGUUAGAUGAAGCUCAAGCUCUGGCCAAAAGCUGUGCAGGCAGACCGGACUUUCUCCCCUGUGAUGGACUGUCCAUCUGCGCAACACACAGCCACGGAAAGUGUUUCAAACUGCACUGGUGCUGCCAUUUAGGCUGGUGUCACUGUAAAUAUGUGUACCAGCCCAUGACCAAUGUCGCUCAGCUACCCAGCACACCUGUGCCGGUUGCUCCAUCUGACUGCACUGACACCAUUGAUCUGUCCAUCUCUCUGACUGAACGCUUCCUCCGCAUCUCCCCCUGUUUCCUGCCACCGCCUUGUCCCGAGUCCCCAAAAUACUGCAACAUUGCCGAACUGUUUAUCGAUGAUUACAUUGUCAAACGCAUCAACGGCAAGAUGUGCUACGUUCAGCGGCCUCCAGUUCACAUGGAGGCCCCUAUUAGCCCACCUCAGAUAAAGCCUGCUUGUCUGAUAGCACAGAAACAGCACACUAAAGACAAGCAAACAGUUGAGGAGACUGUUAAAGGACCAAAAAUGGGCCACUGCUCUUCGCCCUCCAGCUCCGAGGACUCAGGGAUCAAUGCUUUGGGAGGACAUUAUCUGGAGUCCUGUGAGGAAGAGUCUGAGGAAGAGGAUGAACUUAGCACAGAUGGACACUCUAGUCCGGGAAGUCUAUGGGAACAGGAUGAAUGCACACUACUGUCCCCUUCCAAAUCCAUUGUGGAGAUUAUUGAAAAUAUUGAAACUACUGUGUGAUAUUUCUAGAUUGCAUAUUUGCUCUAUCUGUUCUUUUCGCAUCUCUCUCUCUCUCUCUUUGUCUGACAAAAUUAACUCAUUGUGUUAAAAGAAAUAUUGUAUGUAGAGGAAAAUGCUUCACCCAUAAAGACAUUGCUACACUUUA